AUGUUCCCAAAUUGAGACAAGAAAGCUGACCUGCAGGCGGCAAAAACGGCCAUUGUCAUCGUUUUUCUCUACCUUGCCUCUUGGACUCCGUAUGCAAGCGUGGCACUUAUGGCGCUACUUGGCCGCCGCGACCAUUUGACACCAUUUGCAGCUGAAUUGCCUGUCUUAGCUGCCAAAAGCUCGGCCGUUUGGAACCCGAUUAUCUACUCGCUCAUGCACCCGAAGUUCCGAGCCCAAUUGGAGAAACGGUUUCCAUUCUUCAUAUGCUGUUGUCCACCAAAGGCCAAGGUGAGGGGUCAAAACAUGACUGACGAGACCAGUUUAUUUCGCUUACCUCGAGACUCUAGGAGAAACCAGCCUGUGGAUUGUGUGUGA